AGUUAUUUGAACUGAAACCAAGCGACUAACAAGUCAAGCGGACUCACGCAUUGUCAUUACUCUACUCGAAGUAACGUAAAUCGAUUUCAACACUAUAAUGGCUCUACUACCGUACUUGUGGGAUUAUGAAUCAAGACCUCGACGUCUUCGCGAUCAGCUUUUUGGAUUGGAUUUGUCGCCAGAUGAUUUCCUAACCGACAUAUUUGAUCGUCCAUCGCCUCGUCGCUACUUACGCCCGUGGAGAAACUUGGCAUCUCUUGCACGCGACGUCGGUUCCACGAUUAAAACCGACAAAGACAAAUUCCAAGUCAAUUUAGACGUUCAACAUUUCUCCCCGGAGGAAAUAUCGGUAAAAACUGUAGAUAACUAUGUAGUUGUUGAAGGAAAACACGAAGAGAAGAAAGAUGACCAUGGUUUUGUUUCAAGACAGUUUAAGCGUCGUUACGCUAUACCGGAAGGUUGUAAUCCAGAACUAGUUGAAUCCAAGCUGUCUUCGGAUGGAGUCUUGACGAUAACAGCACCUAAAACUACUUCUGAAAGUGAGAAUGAGCGAAUUGUGCCCAUAUCACAGACCGGUCCGGUUAGGCGAAAGAUUCACGACAGCGAAGAAAAAGAUGAGCCAAAUGGAGCCGUAGAAGAAACAAAAACUCCACAGAAAAAGAGAAAACGUUAAAUGUUUCAUACAGACACAUAGCAAUUACCUAUUCUAAGAAUUUAAUUAAGUACAACCUCCAUACUUGAAGACUGAGUUUUGUAUUGAUAUUGUAAAAGUAAUAAUAUUAAUGACC